GUUUUUAUCACCGAACCCCGUCGGACCUUCGUAGAGCAGCUGAUCCGGCGGGAUGGAGCCCGGCCCGGCCUCACCGCGGGCCUCACCGGAUGCAGCUGAAGAACUCGGCAACAUUCGGAUCAAAAUGGAACCAGACGGCGACGUGGAGAUCCAGUCGUACCCGGUGCUGAAGAGGCUGUCAGUCAAACUGACAGACUGCAGGGCGUGGCUGGAGGGGCGGGACUUUCUGUCUCUGGACGAUCACCCACAGCUUUGGAGCCGCAGACCGAGGCAGCAGCACCCAACCAACACCGGCAGGAAGAUGGUCUACUGCCCUGAGUGUAAGAAAGGUUUCUACAAGUCGUCUCACCUGGAGGCUCACCUGAGAGUCCACCAAGGCCAGAAACCGAACCAGUGCUGGCAGUGUGGCAAGACCUACCCAACCCUGUUGAGCCUUGUCAUCCACCAGCAGAUCCACGACCGCAACGAACCAUACCGCUGCUCCUACUGCGACAAGACCUUCGCCCUGAAGCGCGACUGGAAGACCCACCACCGGACGCACUCGGGCACCAAACCCUUCAAGUGCUGGUUCUGUGGGGAUGGGUUCACCGGGCACGAUGAGCUCACGGAGCAUCUGGGGACACACGAGGGGGAGAAGUGUUACCACUGCAAGAUCUGCAACAAGAUGUUUGUCUCCUACCAGGGCUUCAACUUCCACAGCCGCUCACACAGGAACCAGAAGCUGCUGCCCUGCAGCAAGUGUAAGAAGACCUUCGCCAACCCUCAGAGCCUGAAAGUCCACCAGGUGACGCACUCCAACAGGAAGCCACACAAAUGCCCGACCUGCGGCAAAGGCUUCAAGCUGCUGAGCGGCCUGCGCUGCCACCAGAGGACCCACGAGGACCUGAAGGCCUACCACUGCACCGAGUGCGGCAAGUGCUUCUCCAGCCUGCAGGGGCUGAAGCUGCACAACCGCACACACACCGGACUGAAGCCCUACAAGUGCACAGAGUGCGGGAAGAGGUUCACCCAGUCGCCGCACCUGAAGUCGCACAUGGUGACCCACACCGGUGAGAGGCCCUUCCUCUGCACCACCUGCGGGAAGAGGUUCACCCAGUCGUCCCACCUGAGGUCCCACAUCACGCUGUUCCAUGUGGGUGAGAAGCCGUUCACCUGCACCGACUGCGGAAAGAGCUUCACCAUCGCCCACUACCUGAAGGUGCAUCGACUGAGCCACACCAAGGAGAAGCUGUACCAGUGCUCGUACUGCGAGAAGUCCUUCUCCUACCACAACUCAUGGAGAGCGCACGAGAGGAUCCACACCGGCGAGCGUCCGUUCAGCUGCCAGGACUGCGGCCAGAGCUUCAUCACGUCGGGCUCGCUGCUGAGCCACCAGAGAGCCAAACACACCGGAGAGAAGAGCCACUACUGCUUCACCUGUGGGGAGUUCUUCUUCACCAGCUCGCUGCUGCGGAUCCACCAGCUGGACCACACCGGUGAGCGGCCGCAUGCCUGCAGCUGCGGCAAAACGUUCAAAACCAAAGGAGUGCUGCGCUACCACCUGAAGAGGUUCACCGACCACCAGCCGGCCGAGUGAGCGGCCCUCUGAAACACAAAGUUCUGGUGCUGCUCGAGCUUCCUGUUAAUCUCAUUCCAAAGUGUUUGUGACUCUUUACACCAAAAGCUGCUUUAUGAACUGUUUGUUUAGUUCUUCUGCACCAAGCUGCUGAGCAACAAAGAAGCUCAUUCUCCAGUAGGUGCCCUGCCAUCGGUCCAGUGGCCCAUUAUUCUGAAACUCCAGUAGUUCGACAACCUUCCCAUUGGACCAGAAGCCCAUUAGUCUGACGGCCAGUUAUCCCGAAAACAAAAGCCCAUUGCUCUGAAAAUAUCCUCGGCCUCUGUCACAUAUAGUUCCCAGUAAGUCACUGGAAUAACCUUUCAGGCAUCGCUGGUGAUUUUCAUUAUUCACAUAUGCAGCUACAUUCAGGAACAUUUCCGUCUUUUCGCACAUUAACAUGGCAGUGCUGGAAUAGAUGGGCGAGGGGCAGUCCAGCAGAUGGCGGUGAUGCAACACUUACGGACGCCAACCGCCAUAAAAGUCACCAGAAGAAGAAGAAGGCCGGACGCGUGUAUGCGGGGGAAGACGUCUCUUAUUAUUUUCAGGAACAUGGCAGUGAGGAGCCGUGUUUGUCUGUUGCCGAUGUUCCUCUUAUGUAUUAUGAACAAGUUUCCAGCUAUUCUUGAAAAAAGCAGCUUGUUUGCAAACAAAAGAACUUGAAUAGUUGUUAGUUAUCACAUCAGCUACGAAAGCAUCCGCAGGGUGACCGUCAGUAAGUCGCACAUUCAACUACGUCAUCAGCGGAGUCCUGUGAUUGGUUCACUCGCUCCACGUGAAAGCGUCUUUCGUCAGAUGAACGUUUUACGUGCUCGUCCCUGCAACGUUACAGCUUUCACUCACAACAAAGCCAACCAGCGUUUUCCUUGGAAUGUUACUGGGUCUUGAUGUGGGAAACUGGCGGUACUGGCGGUUUUCCUGAAUACGGAUCCCUGCUCCCAUUCACACAUGACCCCAUGCAAGAAAUGUUCCUGAACAUUUCAGGGACAGAAUGCAUGUGUGAAAGGGGCUUCAGUGUAUUUUGACAUACAAGUGACCAUUUUAACCCAAACCACGAUCUUUCCCCAGCCAAGUGGUUUUUGUGCCUAAACCCAACCAGACCUCAGCCUGAGUCAGUGUCAGGUUAUGAGUUGUAAAAUAGGAGGCGAUGUUCAGCGGUGAUCUGGGAUCCAUUAAACUUCAUAUGUUAACAGUCUGGGCAGCAGGAAGGCCAGACUGUGUAUUUGGAGCAGCGGGUGUUUGGUUUUCGGGCCUUUGGACCAAUGGGCAGUCUCCUUUUCAGAAACACACACAAGCGUGAAAAAACAGGUUUUGGAUCAUGUGAGAUGCAACAUGUGGAGGUCGGUUUAGACGUUUACACUCACAAACAACUGACUUUUCUGUCUUAUAGAAAAUGACACAAGUGAUUGAAAACCUCCCAACGGAUUUCUCAUCAGUCGGUCUACUUCUGAUUUUACAUAAAACACAUUAUUCUUAUUAUUAUUAUUAUUAUUAACGAAGUAACACUAAGAAACAACGACUCUGCUGUUUGCAGCUUUUUGUCGUCAGAAACACUCCAGAGAAGAAAAACCAAACAGCUGCGUGAACGUCGUCAUGACAACAACAUGAAAUCAACUUCUGCACAUCGCAUUAAGACCGACGUCACCACUGUGUGUGUGUGUGUGUGUGUGUGUGUGUGUGUGUGUGUGUGUGUGUGUGUGAGUGUGAGUGUGAGUGCGU